AAGAGCACAAAACUAGGUGAAGUCUGUGUAACAAGCGCAACUUCUUGUAGAAAUACUAGCUUUCCGGGAUUUUUCAGAUGGAUCAGUCCAUCAAUUUGCGUGGCCAUGGAGGAGAAAUUGCAGUGAAUAUUGAAGGCGGCGACAGUUCCAGUAAAGAAACCAUUAUGAGUAGAAGUAACACUCCCGGAGCAUUCAAGAGACCCAGAGUCUCGUUCCACGAAGUACUGACUGAAGCGGUUCGCCGACAGAGCCAAGACAUGUCCGACCAGCGAAGCUAUCGAUCAAGAUCCAGUCCAGAUGACUCUUCCGGUGAGAGCCCAUGGACCUUUAUCUGGAGCAAGGCGAAGGAGAGGUCAAUACACCUUCAUGAUAAGGAACCGUGUCAACCAGAUGAUCACAAGGAUGAUUGGGUCGAAGGUGUCCCCGAAGAACUGAAGAAGAUGAAAUUUGGUGCGUUACUGACUCUCCAAUGCUCGGUUCUAUUAAUCAUUGUGCUCGCCUUGAUUUGCAGCGUCAGUAUUCCUAGUCUAAAGAGGCGAACCCUGUGGGAUUUUCCGAUAUGGAAAUGGGAAGCGAUGAUUUUGGCUUUAGUAUCAGGACGCUUAAUAGCGAGUUGUGUGGUCCGGGUUGCUGUCAAAGUCGUCGAGCGGGUUUACCUACUGCACAGGAGGGUUCUAUACUUCAUCUACGGACUAUGGAGGGCGGUGCGAAACUGCCUCUGGAUGGUCCUUGUUUUGCUCGUGUGGCAUUUCGCUUUCCAUGCCGAAAUGGGAAAGAAGGGAAGCAGCCAGGCCUUGCCCUAUGUGACCAAGGUUUUGGUAUGCUUCCUGGUGGCAUCGGUGAUUUGGCUCUUGAAGACGCUCCUUGUCAAGGUCCUCGCUUCGUCCUUCCAUGUCAAUACCUACUUUGAGCGGAUUCAUGAGGCUCUAUUCGAUCAAUUUGUCAUCGAGACGCUCUCGGCGAAAGCGGCAAUUAGGCACAACGCAGGGGAGGAGGAAUGCGGGGACGCCCCCAAGACGACAGAGUCACAGCAUGUUGAUGCUGCUUCAAGUGAUCUCAGGGAAACACUUCUAUCAAAAAUCGGCAGAUCGAUGCAGGGUGGAAGAUCGACAAACUGUCCCAAGAUUGGAGGAAGCACAGCAGCUGGAAAGAGGAUUAAUCCGAAGAGCGUGUCGGCUUGGUACAUCGGGAGGAUGAUGGAUAUGAUUCAGCACGAGACUCUAUCGACUCUGGACGAGAAGAUACUGGAUUCGAACAUAGAAGAUGGGUCUUUGAUGGAGAUCAGAAGUGUGUGCCAGGCAAAAGAGGUGGCCAGGAAGAUUUUUCUCAAUGUGACCAAACCAGGGUCCAAGCUCAUCUGUCUUGAUGACCUGAUGCAAUUCUUGAACAAAGAUGAAGCUGCAAAUAUCGUGCGCCGAGCUGCUGCAGGAACUGGUGUAAUUGACAAGAAAUCUCUUGAAAAUUGGGUGAUUAACGCCUUCAAAGAGAGGAGGGCACUUGCGCGAUCUCUCAACGACACCAACACAGCCGUCGACGACCUCCACAAGAUGCUGGACAUUUUCGUGGCCAUCGUCACUGCCGUAAUCUGGCUCCUCAUACUUGGAGUCCCCAUCAUGCAGUUCCUCGUCUUCCUAAGCUCGCAGCUCCUGCUGUUGGCCUUCGUCUUCGGGAACAGCUGCAAGAUGGGAUUCGAAGCGAUAAUCUUCUUAUUUGUGAUGCACCCGUACGACGUCUGCGAUCUCUGCGAAGUGGAUGGAGUGCUGAUGGUUGUUGAAGAGAUGAAUAUACUGACCACCGUGUUUCGGAAGCUCGACAACCUGCAGAUCAGAUACCCCAACAGCGUCUUAGCCACCAAGGCGAUAAGCAAUUACAACCGCAGUGCUGAGAUGCUGGAGACCAUUGAUUUCUGCCUGCACAUCUCCACUCCCAUGGAGAAGAUCCACAAGUUGAAAGCGAAGAUUAUACAGUAUGUGGACAGCCGGAGCGAUCACUGGCACCCGAGCCCGUCAGUCCUAAUAAAGGGCCUGGAUGACAUGAACAAGAUAACCAUGACGCUGUGGCUCCUGCACAAGAUCAAGCACCACGAAACCAAAGAGAGGUGGCUUAGGAGAGCCGUCCUGAUCGAACACAUGAUCGAGAUAUUCAGACAGGACGGGAUCGAGUACCGGAUGCUACCCCUCGACGUGAAUGUCCGCAACCUGACAGGCCCGACUUCGGACCGGCUUCCUUCCAAUUGGGCAGCUUGUGCCGCUGAACACAAAAGUAACUAACAUUGUAACAGCAUCUCUUUGUUUUGUGCAAGAUGAGCACAGCUACUUUGAAGUUGGGAUGAUCAAGAGAAACUAAUUUACGGAGGCAAAGCAUAAUUUUUAUC